AACCUUUAUUAGAGACCUUUAUGCACAAUAGUGAUAUGCCAUUAAAUAGUGCAGGAUUUAUAGAUCUUUAGUUCUAAUGGUCAAACUUUCAGUGAUAAAUGCUUCUUUGUAAAACAGUUUCUGUUUCGAGUCUGGGUGCAUUCAGUUCACUGUAGUUUUCACAGCUUCGCUACUUGUCUAGUCUCUUUGUGUCUCUCGUUAUCAUUAAACAACAAUAAACAUAACUUGGAUUCCUGGAAAGAAUUCCUGGGCUGCUCCUGAGAGGCGUUGGCUUCAAUAAUAAACGCGUUUCACAAUAAACGGAAAGUUUCGUUUUCUCCGUUUGGCGCCGUUAGUAUCGUUUUCCCUUCAGCUCACACGAUGCGUCUUGGGCCAUAUUUUGGAAACAGAUAAGGGCAUCUGGUGUACAAGAUGUCAAAACAGGCAAUGUCUCUUCUUCCGCGGUGGUGCUCUCGUAUUUUUUCGGUGGAGCUAAAUGGAGCGCCUUUUUAUUUCGCUGUUAAGGAAAAGCACCUGGGAGAAGACGUGCCGAGGGUGUUCAGAGAAGUUCAAAACCGUGACAAGUGCUACUCUGUCCUUGUUUACUGCAGCAGAGACAGGAUAAAAACGGCGAAGUUUUACGGGGAGCUGAAAGACAAACUGCUGAGGGACUUGCCUCCGGAGUGUCGCCUGUCUCCCAUGUCUUCAUUUCUACCCAACGUCAGGGAUUCUCUCGUUAAGGGUUACUUUUUGAAAGGGAAUUCUGACACUUCCUCCCCGAUAGAGCGACUUUUGAGUGAUUUAAUACAACAUGACCCAGUGUUAGUUUGUUCGUACUCUCCAGCUGAAGACGGCCAACAGUGGACUCAGCACAUGUGGUCAGAGACAGCAAGCCAGGUGAUGGAUGUGGCAAAGGGAUACUAUGUGGUAUCCUCAGAAGCGCCAGAAUAUCACCCAUCUACUCUCAACAUUAUCAAUUCUGAUGUAUUCUACAGCUUUGAUGAGGCCUAUGACGUGAUGAAAAAAUGUGGUGACAUCAUCCCAGAAGCUAAGGCUGUGCUGGAGCUGCUGCCCAGCAGAGUGGAGGCCAGAAAUAAACCAGACUUCCCUGUUAUUGUCAUAGAGGGCCUGGAUGCCACAGGUAAGACUACUCUGACUGAGUCUCUGAAGGAUACACUUGGGGCCACUCUUCUGCCAUCCCCACCAGAGUGCCUGUCCCCCUGGAGAGCCCGCUUUGAUCAGGAGCCACCCCUCAUCCGCAGGGCCUUCUAUGCUCUGGGGAACUACAUCACAGCAGAUCAAAUAGGCCGAGAGGGCAUGAAGACACCUGUCAUUGUUGACAGAUUUUGGCACAGCACAGCGGCCUAUGCCAUCGCCACAGCGGUGAGUGGUCCAGUGUGCAACCUUCCAGGAGAAGGUUCGGAGGUGUACUGUUGGCCCAGUGACCUGUUUCAGCCCAGCCUGGUGGUCUUACUCACCCUUGACCCCGAGGAAAGGAAGAGGAGACUCAGAAACAGAGGCCAAGGAAAGACUGAUGAAGAGGAAGAGCUGGAUCACAACCAGCUGUUCAGACUCAGAGUGGAGGAGGCUUAUCGGAGGAUCAGCGGCCCAGCUUGUGUUACUGUGGAUGCUAGUCCUUCUGCAGACCGAGUGCUCCAACAAGUACUGCUUUUAAUUAGGGGCAAAUGCCACUUGUAAACAAUUCUCCAUCUCCCCUGCUGGCAGUCAAGCAUCAAGUGUAUGCAGUGCAUCCCGUCACCACUAGGUGCCAGUAAGGCAUCGUAAAUGUGAUUGCAGACAGACUAGUGGGCAGAUUGGAGCGUGGAGAAGAGAUUCUAUUCAUAAGUGUAAAGGUUGACUGCCAGGGGCCAGAACUGCAUGCUACAAUCAGAAAUACAUAUUCAUGUAGACACACACACACACACACAGACAUAUACUCGCACUAAUGUAUUGUCAGGAAGAAGUGUACAUCUAACGGCUGUUGUGACCUCUCAGAAAUUAGACACUGUGUAGCCUCCAGAUACCUUGUAGCAGCACUUUUUUUUUUGCAGACUGACGCUCAUGAAGUGGAUAGGAACAUUUAUAUAAGGGCGACGAGUUACUACAGAUUGAAUCAAAAUGCAAAUAAGAAAAAACAAAUCUUAAAAUGCACGUUGAAUGUUAACUUGUUAAAAUAAAUGCAGAACCCAGUCUAUCUUCGGAUAACAUAUUUUCACUUGUUAAAAAAAGUUUUUGAAUUAAAAGAAAAUGACACUAAA